AUGAAUAACAUUGGCACUAUUCCUCGACGAACACAAGAGUCUGGUGUUGUUGUUAUUGAUAAAAGUCGUGUUCUCCUGGGCCUUUUGAGCACAUGCAAACUGAAUGAGCAUGAACAACGUGAACAAAUCACUUAUCAACAUCUUCAUGGUGAUAAAGAUACAUGGUGGCUUGGUUUUCAUCUUGUCGCUAUCUGUAAAUGUUUAUUAAAUCGUGCUUUGGCUUAA